AUGACCAACAAUAGGUAUCAAAAUGAAAUUAGCUUUGAUGAUACAUUUUCACAACGAGAUAACAUCACAGGAAGAUCAGGUGAUAUAAAAUUUGACAAUUUGAGUUCAGGAUCAUAUAAACCAUUUAAACCCGUUAAAGAUGAAGAAUUUCAAAGCUUGAUUAAUAAACCCUUUCCCACCAUCAAAUCAGUCCGUAAACAUAAGGGUUAUGAUCUUGUAUUUUCACAACAAAAUAACUUCACAAGAUCUGUUGCGAUAAAAUUUGAUGAUAAUUUGAGUCCAGGAUCAAAUGAACCAAUUAAAUCCGUUACAGAUGAAAAUUUUCAAGAAUUGAUUGAAACAUCAACUGAAAUAAAAGAUGAUGAUAAUUUAAAUUCAAAAUCAAAAAAACAAAUUAUACCUGUUACGAAUGAAGAAUAUCAAUUAUUGAUGAGAACACCCAUCAAAUCUAUUCGUAAACAAAGGGGUUAUAAUAAUAUACAUUCACAACAUGAUAACACGGCAGGAAGAAUAUCAUUUGAAAUAAAAGGUGAUUAUAAUUUGAGUUUAGGUCAAAUAAGCAAUUAA